CAGAACAAAUUAUUCAUUCUCUAGUGCAAAGGAUUCACAGCAUUUUUUAUUUUUUUUUUGGUAGACAUCCCUUUUGUAGUCUUCUGCCCAUCUAAAUUUGGGUGUUACGAUUGCUAGUAAGAAAGGCUUUAAUGCUCAACAGGGAAGAGGUGAAUGAUCCCAUGUGAGUUCAGUGUUCAAACUUGUGGAAGCAACUGGAAAAUGAAAUUACAAAUCUCUGAAGCACCUCUUGCUUUUAAGAAUAGGUUACAGCUGAGAAAUUUGUCAUACAUAUUAAUGAAGAGACUGCAAAAGCCAGGAAUUCUCAAAACCACAGACUUAAGAUAACUUCUUCAAUAGCAUAAACUAUAAAUACAGAAAGUGUAGCCCUAUGCAAUGCAUUCUGAGUAGUAGUUACAGAACACAUAAAAAUUUCCAUGCAGUACCAAAAUAUGUGCAGCCUGGUAUAACUUGGUUAGCCAUUAGACAACUUCAUAUACAUCAAUACAAGAUGCCUGUCUUGGGAAGCAGACUACACAGACAAGCAAUGCAAUGAUCCUGCUGAUCAGCAGGGGGUUGAAGUGAUAGAUUUCUUUUGGGUAAAUGCAGCAUCUGAAGAAUGACACCUAAGCUCUGAGUUGUUAAUUUAAGGCCCAAUUACAAGAUGCUUCCUGUUCCCCUGCAUGCUGGCAGAAUUACCCUGGCCCCACUGAAGUUAAUUUACAGUAGCGAAAGAUGAGGCCCAGCAACAGACCCCAUGAUGUGAAUCUACUUUGUAGCUCACAUAAAUUGUUCUGUACAGACAUUUAUCCAAGAAAACCAAGGGUGCCUGCAGAUUUGCAGCAGCUACAUUUGCUAACGCAAGCUGAGCAUCAGACUCCCUUGGUCUGUCCCAUGUUGCUCGCUGCAGGAGUCUCCUGUGUUAAGCUGGGGGUGAGAUACUGGUCUCAGAAGUCAGUAGUGAAGCUUCUGAGCCAGAAGGACGCCCCCGAAUAUUUAAAGAGAGGUUUUAGCAGGCCUGAGACAUGUCACUGAGUCUCCACUGCAAAUCUGCUGCGUAACUGGGGACAGACACCUAUGUGUCCUGCAAAGAUCACACAACCAAGGGCAGGGAAAGCAACGCAGCCCUGGGGUUCUGCUGUGUGCAGAAGAGCAUCCUCUGCCUGCAGACAGCCAGGAGCACCACCUGCACAGCCGUGCCCCGAGCCAGGGGUGUGUGCAACCCUCAGGAACCACAUCCUCUGGCCUCCUGCACAAAAGGGUCAGCAGAUGCAGCACCAAGCUUGCCUCCAGCUGCACCGUGCUGCCCUGAAAACCAGCUGUAACAGCACAUUGCCAUCACACACGCAAAGUCACUGCUCUUCAGGACCAAAUUUUGCACUGUUUCAUCUUUCUACGAUUUUCAAUCUGACACGCAAGCCUGUGUUUUGGUCCCAUGACAAUGCCACAGACUGUCAGGCAGGUGACCCAGGCUCAGGCAAUUGCCCUCAGAGGGGAUCCCUCUGGCCAGCGCAGCCCGCAGGCUGCCCUGAGAUGAAUCAGUGUUUCCCAGUGACCGGAGAUCAUGGGUCUGAGUGUGCCCCCUGCUUCUGCUUCUUGUUUUGGUGGAUAUUGUGGGGAUUGAUUUUCUUUUCCUGUUACUGUGCUUGUUUAGGGGAGGCAGUCCCAGAGAUGAAGGCAGCAGCCCCAGAGGGUGGGAUGCCAAAGUGGCACAGACCAGGAGAAGCAUCUGUUGUUUGACACCAUGCCCGCUCAGCCCAGGGCUUCCUUCCAGCACAAACAUCAGUCCUCAGCUACAUCUUCCACCAGGGUAUGCCCCCACACUGGGUUUCCAUAGUUGUCCCCCCUUUACCCCCCUGAGACUGAGUGUGAGUGUCAGCAGCCAGGCUGCUGGGACCGAGGGGAGAGCUACAGCAACACCAUGCAAGCUCAUGGCUCACACUCAGCUUUAAGUCUCUGUACCGUUUUUGGCACUUUGCAUUAGACCACAGCUGUACAUAAACCAGAAAUCAUCCCAGGUGCAGUAACCAGGUGCUGAGUCUGCUGGCUGCCCUACAGCAGCUUCCCAGGAGACGAGGGAGGUGACAUCAGUAAUCCAGCAGUGAGAUCAGCCUCUGCAAGAGGCCUAUAUUUUGAUUUGCUGCCUGCAGGGCAGCUGCUUCAGCCAAGGUCUCCCCUAGGUGGAUGUAGAAGAUGCUCCAUGUUGAGGUGGGGGACAGCAUGGGCUUUCUGGGUCAUCUGCAGUGACUCCCCACAGCCACCCCGCAGCUAUGGCAGCAUACAUGUUUUCCCAGUGCAACAGGCUCACCACACCUCCAUGGCCAGGGAUGUGGGCUCCUAUGAAUUCAGGAAGAAAAACCAGGAAAGCGAAUGUCUCUUCUGCAAGCAGCAGGUACAGGUGGGGUGUGGAAGGAGGUCCACAUCUCCCAUUCAUAGAAUCAUAGAAUGGUUUGGGUUGGAAGGGACCUGAAAGAUCAUCUGAUUACACCCCCCCCUUCCAUGGGCAGGGACACCUCCCACCAGCCCAGGUUGCUCAAAGCCCCAUCCAGCCUGGCCUUGAACACCUCCAGGGAUGGGGCAUCCACAGCUUCUCUGGGCAGCCUGUGCCUUCACCCUCUGAGUGAAGAAUUUCUUCCUUAUAUCUAAUCUAAACCUACCCUGGCCCUGCAGGGACUUGCCCCACCACACCGAAGGAUCUUAGUAGUUGGUGUCCCGGGCAGGAGGCACUUUGCCGUGUGCGUGAUGCAGGUCCCGAUGUGCCCAGCUGUGCGUUCCCCUGAGCACCUCAUCCUGCCAGCCCACCCAGGGCGAUGCCCUGCUGCGGGAGCAGGGAUUUCGGAGUAACCUGCCUGCUCCAUUCCUAACGCUGAGCUGGGGACCAGCCACGACACAUUUACAGCCCCGGUGCCCCAUUCCAUCGGGAUGCGACAUUACACGGUCCCGACAUGGGACAGAUGCCAUCACCGCCGACCACCUCUCCUGGCCGGCCGGCCCGCUCCCCCGGCGGGGACUUCUUCCCCAGCCGAGGGGAUUUCUCGUUUCCCUUUGGCCCGAGCCCGUUUGGGGAGCGGAGGCUGCGGGCGGAGUUUCCCCGGCUCGGGGCUCCCUGCGAGGCCGGGUCUCCGCCUCCGCGCCCUCCCCUUAUAGCCGGGCUGCCCCGGGGCUCCGCAGCCAGCGCCACCGCCGCCCUCGUCGUCCUCGCCGUGGUGCCCGGGAGCCGCAGCAGAGCUAGAAGGAAAAUGAUGAAAAUGUUACCUUUUUUCCAAAGUGGUCCCAUUGGAAUACGCAAUGGAUCAGCAGGUUGCAUCAAGGUAAAUGGGCAGCUGGAAAACCCUGCAACAUCAGUAGCUGAGCAAGUCCCUGCCUGUCCUGGACCCUCUGGAGACGAGAUCUGGUCCAGGAACCAGGAGAAGAUGAGUGAAAGGCCAGAGGCAGCCGGCAGAACUUCGCGAGCAUCUUCCAUCACGAGCACCGGGAGCUGCACCUCUGCUGGGGACAGUCUGGAGAAGGGGAAGAAAGGAAUCAAGGGAAUGUUUACGACUGCAUUUAAGAAGAUGAUAAAGACCAGGACACCCAGCAUCAAACAAAUCAUGGAUCUCCUUGAAAAGCACAAGCUUUGUGAUGCUGCCCAACUUCUGAUUGCCCUGGAGAAGAGCAUAUCCAGCAAAAGCGAGGAGGGACUAAGCACCAGGCAACAAGACAUCGAGUCCAUCAGCGAAAUCCUGAAACACAAAGUCUUCAGCAUCUUGAAAGACUCUGUACUUCUAGCAAGAACAAACCCAGAACUGCUGCAGCAAGCAGUAGAGGUACUGAAAGAACAGGAGAAAGAAGAUCAGAAUUGCCUGUCGGAGAAUUCGCCUGACCAAAAUGUGCAAUUUAGACCCAGAAAAUGGAAAGAGCUUUGGAUGGCUACAGUGAAGGAGUCAGUAGAGACUCGAAUGAAAGACACAAGUCAUACUCCCAGAACUGAGAACCUCUCUUCAGUUGGCCAAAACCUCCUGCACAUGGGGAAGACGAUGAAAGAAGAUUUGACAGUAGUUGCAAAAUGCAUUAGACAGCUUUAUCCCCCUGAGUUUAACGUGUUCAGUACAUAUGCAGAACUCUAUCACCAUCAUUUUGCCUCCGAGGCAAAGAAAGCUGCUGAGUCCCAGCUGGAAGACAAGGAUGUCUACCUUCUCCUCUCAUGGGUGCACAACAUUUACCCAAAAGAUAUGAGGAAAGAUCCUGUUUUAGCAGAGGAGCUGGAAAAAGUUAAGCUUGGAAGCCUUUUGCCAUCAAGCCUGAGCAAAGAGCUUGAAAGGAAAUACCUUGAUAGUGAAGAGGCGACCAUCAAAAAUUCGCUGAACAAAUGUUUAGAAAAGGAAAUCGAAAGAUGGAAAGAAGACAAAGAGCCAGAGAAACUAAAUGGGCAUUUUCAGAGUGAACUACUAGCAAUAUUCGUUAUCCAGAGCAUCUAUAAUGGCCAUAAGCGAGCCAAGGAGAUCAGCGCGGCGCUGGGUGACGAGCUGUCGCUUCGCCUGUCGAGGGAGCUGGCUGCCCUCCUGAGAAGCGUCAAGGACGCUUUUGAAGACUUUAAGGAGAAAGGCAAGAAGCACAGACACUACAGGCCGAUUCUGAUUGCAAACAUUAACAAUUGCGGGAAUUUCAGAGACUACGCAGAGAAAAACAUGGCAGAAAAGGACGACAACAAAGACAGGAUCCUGAGCACCCUCGGGGACAUCGAGACCAGCGGCUAUGACGUCCUGCUUCAGCAGCUGUUUGUCCAGCUGAAGCCAAUUUAUAAGAAGUUUACAGAAAACAAGUGGGACUGCAGCAAUAAAAUUAUGAAUGAGAUCAUUAAAACCACCAGCAACCACAUUUCGGAGUUACGGACCCUGAAGGACCCUUUUUACAACGUCAUCGUUGAGAAGAUCCAUGUCCGCUUGGUGAGAGAUUACAUCGUGAGGCUGCUGAAGAGGAAGGUCAGCCUGAAAAGUGCAGCGCAACAGCAAAACCUGGCCCAAAGCAUCUCCAAGAACGCUGCCGAACUGGAAGACUUCUGCACCAAAAAUGGGUCUCAAGCCACCUGGCUGAAUUCGGCACUCCCAAAACUGGCUGAAAUCAUCCGGCUUCAGGAUAUAGGUGCUAUUAAAAUUGAAGUUGCGACGCUUGCCACGGCAUACCCAGAUAUCCGCAGAAGGCAUCUGGAAGCUUUCCUGUAUAUCAAGGCCAAUUUAUCACGGGGAGAACUCAGAAGCAUCCUGGGCUACUUGGCAGACAGCACGGUGUCCACGCCGCCCAGCAACCCGCUCUUCUCCAGCAUAAACCUGUCCUAGGCUGGGGCACCCCUCAGCACCCCGUGUGCCGAGCUGUGGGCAAAGCCAGGGACUGUCCCUUGCAGCAGUGCUCUGCACGGCGCCGCCUUCUCCUACGGCAAGUACUUUGUCCUGGUCUGGUGCUCAGCGUCUCUAUGGGAAGCACCAUCCACCAUGCAUGGCCAUGGAAGGAAAGGUGCCCAAAAAAAACCAGGGAUGCUCCUCGCACCAGACACGGACAUUCUCUGAGGUCUCCUUGGUGUCACCAUGUUCUCUGCCCAGACGCUGCCCUGGUGCUCUGACCUCUGCCUACCUCACCGGGCGCCGUGAAGGCCACGUCGCUGACUUCCUGUACUGAGCAGGCGCCUCCUAUGUAGCUUCUUGUCUGCUAAAGAAAGGGAAGGAAAUGAAAUUUGAAGCUAAAAUGUAGAGAUGUUGGAAAAGCCCCAUGAGAGCACACUUCCCCCCAGUCUGUGAUUCCUGAUGUCCCACCAUGCUGCAGCACCCCCAGAGGUUUGGGCUGGCCCCAUGGAGCCGUGUUACCUGGCGGCAUUGGGGUUUCCAAACCAGUCCCAGGAGCCCCAGCUGCCCCCACAGCAGCAGUCUGGCCCGGGCUUCGUUCACCUCCAUGAGGUGGGAGCACCUGAACCCUCUGGCAGCCACCCAGUGGCCCCAUCCAGCGCAUCUCCGCUGGGGUGGCACCCCCCUAACAGAGGCUUGGGAUCAAACUGCAUUGCAGUAGAACUUGUAGGCUGAGUCCCACCUUCUAGUAAAGCACUUUAGAUAUUGCUUUAGCCCUCCCUAUGGAGGAAAGGACUUUUCCAGACCCUGUUAACAUUGUGAGCUUUGAGUGGGUGGUGGAUCUGGACUCGAAUGCCAUCAAAAUGUCUUGAGGUCCCCACCUGCAUCACCAUGCGCUCACUUGCUCUUUCCCCUCUUGCUGUAGGGUAGGUUAGAUGUGCAAACACAAGCGUGUCCAUUGUGAAACUACGCGCUGUUUUUACAGCCCGUUUUUGGGGGGGAAAUGAAUCACUUGCCAAAACAACACGUGUUUCGUUGAAGACCUUUCCCUUCUGUUCUUCUUUAUUUCAACUUCUGUAUCAGCCUGUAGAAAGUCAGUCUGGAAGGAAGACACAUAAUGACUGUGCAAACCAUGCAAUGUAUUUAUAUGCAUAUACAGUAUACCAUUGGUGUAUUUUUGCAACCAAUUUUAUUUUUUUCUCAGUUAGAGAUAUGCAUUUGCAAUGUUUAUAUUUAAACAGUAUUCAAAUACGCUAGGAGAGUGACUCACUUAUUCUGUCUCUGGCUGUUGUUUACCGUGUUGCCUCAUAUAGACCUACAUACUCCUCCAAAGGGCCAGCUCUUCCACUGCCCCCAGCCUGCUCCGGUGAGCAUUACCUGCUGCUGCCAGGUCGGGAGGGCAGGGGCACCCUGUGUUUGUGGUGCCUGUUGGUCCCAUAGCCUGUCUCUCCUUACUCUCUGAAGCCAGGACUGCCAUAUGUGCUGCGUCUGUGGUAUCUGGUACAACGAGGUCCAAAACAUCAGCCCUGAGGCGCUGCCACGGCCUCAAUGUUGAAUAAUAAAAAGAUUUGUAUUUGA